GGCUUCCUAUGCUUACCUUCUGAAUUCAAGAUGGCGGCUUCUGUGAAGAGAAAAGCCGAAGGAACAGUUCCUGCUGAAGAGAGUGAUUUGCUCAGAAUAACACCACUAGGAGCUGGUCAAGAGGUCGGAAGAUCAUGUCAUUUUCUGGAAUUCAAAGGCAAAAAAGUUCUUCUGGAUUGUGGUAUCCACCCUGGGAUGAUGGGAGUUGAGUCACURCCCUUCCUGGAUGAGAUUGAUACAGCAGAAAUAGAUCUUCUUCUUAUUAGUCACUUCCAUCUUGAUCACUGUGGUGCACUGCCAUGGCUUCUUGAAAAGACAACAUUCAAGGGACGAGUGUUCAUGACACAUGCCACAAAAGCUAUUUACAGGUGGCUGCUAUCAGAUUAUGUAAAAGUCAGUAAUAUUGCUGCUGAAGAUAUGCUGUAUACUGAGUCUGAUUUGGAAAAGAGCAUGGAYAAGAUAGAAACAAUUCACUUUCACCAAGAAAAAGAAGUUGGUGGUAUAAAGUUCUGGUGCUACCAUGCUGGGCAUGUUCUGGGAGCAGCUAUGUUYAUGAUUGAAAUAGCAGGAGUUAAGAUUUUGUACACAGGUGAUUUCUCAAGACAAGAAGACAGACAUCUUAUGGCYGCUGAAAUACCAACUAUAUCUCCAGAUAUCCUUAUUGUUGAAGCAACAUAUGGAACACAUAUUCAUGAAAAGCGUGAAGAAAGAGAAACUCGCUUUACAGGUACUGUACAUGAUAUUGUCAAUCGCGGUGGUCGGUGCUUGAUUCCUGUCUUUGCCCUUGGCCGUGCUCAGGAACUUCUCCUUAUUCUUGAUGAAUACUGGCAGAACCAUCCAGAGCUGCAYGACAUCCCAAUAUAUUAUGCUUCACAGCUCGCCAAGAAGUGCAUGUCAGUCUUCCAGACUUAUGUUAAUGCAAUGAAUGACAAAAUCAAGAAACAGAUAGCCAUUUCCAACCCAUUUGUGUUCAAGCACAUUUCAAAUUUAAAGAGCAUUGAUCAAUUUGAUGACAUCGGGCCAUCAGUUGUCAUGGCAAGCCCAGGAAUGAUGCAGAGUGGCCUAUCACGUGAGCUAUUUGAACAAUGGUGCACGGAUCGACGUAACGGUGUCAUUAUUGCUGGUUACUGUGUGGAGGGAACACUAGCAAAGAUUACAUCUCGUUUUCCGCGCACACGGACUAUGAACAGACCAGUGAAUUCAUUAGAACACUCAAGCCACCAAACAUUGAGAAAAACGAAAUGGGGCGGUUGAAGGCUGCGCUUAUUCGAGAGUAUGAAGAUGAUUCUGAGCUCAGUAUUGUAGUUCACAAUCCACCAAACUGUCARAGUGUGGAACUUUACUUCAGAGGAGAAAAAAUGGCCAAGGAUGUAGAUUGUAGCGAUGAAAGUUUAAACCAUCAUGUAACACAUGUAGUAAAACGUCUCCAUUCUGCGUUCACGCCGUGUUACAGCUAGAAAAAGACGUUCUAGACCUACUGGUGGUUAGCUCGGUAGGAAACUAGCGUUCAUUUGUAUAAAAGGGAUCUAUUGUUGAUCAUAAGUAGAGCGUAAUGUUUAUGCUCUCURCUAGACAAGGGAGUCAGUGUACAGUUUUUUUCUAUGCAACUGUAGAAAAGAAAACAAACAAACAAAGGAAGGAAGGAAGGAAGCAAGAAAGAGAAAGAAAGAAMGUGAGAAAGAAAGUAAACCAAGGUGAAAAUCUAAAGGCGAAAUUGUGCAUCAUGUCUUUAGUUUGACAGUUUUGAUGGUCAUAUACGUCUCAAACGAAAAUGCUGUAUGAUAUUUUAUGGUCAGGUCGGAGGGACUAAUAGGUGUCAUCGCAGCUAGCUGUCUCCGCCACUUGUUACCUAGUAUCUAUAAAUACUUAAAACUAGCUUAUGUUAAAAAUCAUCCCUUAUGAUCAUAAUGCAUCAGUYUCAUGCAAUGUA